AUGAGUGACGCCGUCGCCGGCCCCAGCAGCAGCACGAACAAUUCCCACACCGGCAAAGCAAAGGUCCCCAACCUGCCCCAGAACCUGCGCUUCCAACGUCGCCAGUCCGAGCGCGCCUUCUACGAGGGUGCCUAUCGCGAGGGAACCCCAACCAUGGAGUAUCCAAGUGGGACCUCGCCCUGGGCCUCCUCGCCAGAAGCCAGCCGCACCAGCAUUGGAGGCGACAUACCGCGAGAGGACCUGCCGGCUCCAGCGGUGCAAGUGCCUGGCGUCGAAGGAGAGCAGGCAGCUCACGCCAAUGGAGCUUACCAGCAGCCACAUGAAGGUGGAUGGACGCCAGAGCAGUCGCAGGGUCAAUGGCAGCAGCAGCACGCGCAGAACCCAGAUCAGCAACAGCAGCGUGGACCCGGCGAGGAGAAUAGGAGGCCUGCGUCGGCGAGAUACCACAAUGUCCCGCAGCAGCAACAACAGCAGCAGCAGCAGAGACAGCAUAUGCCUCAGUACAAGCUACAAGCUAAGAUCACUGGAUUGGAACGACCAGCGAAGAAGGACCCUAUUCUGAAGUUUGACGUUCAUACCAACCUCCCCAAAUUCAGGACUACCCAAUUCCGCGACAUCCGCCGUACACACUCUGAAUUCCAAAAGUUCGCUUCUCACCUCCAAGCAUCUAACCCCGAAGCCCUCGUACCUGCAGUCCCGCCUGCGUCGACCAGCGCUGGUAUUGGCACCGAUGAAGAUGAAGCUCGGACGAAGUCUAAUAUGCAGCGGUGGCUGAACGUGGUCUGCUCCAAUGACGUUCUAAUGAGGGACGAAGAGAUGGUCUUCUUUGUGGAGAGCGACUUUGGAUACAGCCCUGUCGUCAGAAAGAGGCAGCCUGCAACCGGUGUGAGGAGGAAAGUGCUCAAGCAAUUCGCGCCGCCGCCAGAUGACACACCUGAGCUUUUGGAGAGUCGACCGGUGGUCAAAGCGUUCUAUUUGGGUUCAAUGGACAGUCAGCAGAAGAUCGACAAGGUUGUCAAGAACAGGAGAUCAUUGGGUGUCGCAGAGUCUGAUCUUGGUACGAAGGUUGCAGCUCUGUCAACGCAAGAAGCGCAUGCCGGCCUCGCCAACGCCUAUCGCAAGCUUGGCAAGGUUGUACAGAACACUGGCGACUUCCACGCAGCGCAGGGCACAGCAGAAGCAACGACUUUAUCCGAUCCUCUUGCAUAUCACAGCAGCGACGCAAAUAUCGUCAAGGAGACCCUCACCAACCGGCAUAUCUUACUUCGCGAACUCAUCCAAGCACAGCAGUCCACUCGAAGCAAGCUGGCGGCAGCUGAUAGACUCAAAGCAAGCUCGAGCGUCAAACGAGACAAGGUCGACGAAGCAAUCUCAGCACUCGAUGAAGCCAGAAGUCAUGAGUCGUAUUUGCAGCAGAAGACCCAAAGAGUUACGCAGAAUCUGUUGAUCGAGAAACGUAAAUGGUUCGCCAGGACCGCGGGCGAUUUAAGAUCUGGUAUUCGAGAAUAUGUCAUCCGAGAGAUCGAAGCUGAGAGACGCACGCUCGCUACCCUGGAACAAGUGCGCCCAGAUGUUCGCAACAUCGACGCGUCUGGUGGUCUGAGUAGACUUGGCCGCGAAGCUCAUCCUGUUGUUCGACGCUCUAGCAUGGCAUCGAGCCAAGGCCCCAAGGGUGAUGCGUGGUCAGGCGUUCCAAGACGACCAGAUGGCUUGAACCGAAGCAUCAGCGGCAGUUACGUGCCAGGUGUACCAGGUGCCGUGCCCGAAGAAGGCGAGGAAGAGGAGACGACUGAAGGUGGUACCGGUAGGAAGCGAGCUACGAGCAGCGCGAGCAGUCUCGGGAAGUUGCCUGAGGAUGAUGAUGACGACAGGGUAGAUGCACGAAACGCGGCGAGCAGACUGGCCCAGACUACGUUUUAG